AUUGCUCUACCUUCUUGCAUCUUGAACUCUAUUUGUUAUUAAAGAGAUUAUCUGCUAAACAUGCUAAAGCUCCUCCCUCAUUUAUGCGAUCGGAACGAUCGCCCUUCACGAUAUCCUCUAUCCUUAUUGGCGAAGGGCCGGAGCAAGCUGAACAUUGAUGACUAAGGAUAUCUUUCGUAUUUCAGCCUUCCAGUUCAUGUCCUCUUACCACAGAGCCAACAGGCAACUUCAAGUUGGGUGUUGAUAAGUCUAUGAUUUCAAUUGCCUUUUCUACGCUGUACAAGGCAUACAUUACUUGCAGGUCUCUGAUCGACAGAUAGGUGUCAUUCGGCAACAUACAAGAUUCAAGAAUGGCGGACACCACUGAAGACGAUACGAGUCACCCAGCGGUAUAUAUGCCAAAGUAUCCCUGGACCGAGAAACCCUCCAUAUUAACCCAACUAGAUCACUACGGCUUCAUUAUAUACUCCCCUAGACCCAGCGAACCAUGAGAUCCGUGUCCUGGACAUCGAGCCUGGCUUACCAGGAACUCCAAUCACAUGUUCAGUGCGACAUACGAAACUACUACAGCCAGACACCAUUCCAUACACAGCUCUAUCUUACGUCUGGGGAAGGCCUGAUAUCACGACGCCGAUAACUUUCAAUGGCAGUUCAUCCCCUGUAACGCUCAAUCUUGCAUCAGCUCUAGAUCACGUGCGAUCAGAGACGGAAAUCGUGACUUUCUGGGCAGAUGCAUUGUGCAUCAAUCAGAAGGAUAUUGUAGAGAAAUCUGCACAGGUAGCGAUGAUGGGAGACAUCUAUAGAUGUGGAACUGGGACAAGGAUUUGGCUGGGCAAGGAGCAGGAUGGAAGUGAUCUGGCAAUGGAUCUCAUCGCUCAGAUGGACGGAGAGGAUUUGGCGAGUGAGAAGAAUCAGCUUGAUGAAGAUGGCUUGAGAGCUAUCACAAAGCUCCAGGCUCGCGACUGGUGGUCAAGAGUUUGGGUAAUCCAAGAAGCUUUAUUAUCCAAGUCGCCUGUCGUACAGUGUGGUAACAAAUCUUUGCCAAUUGACGCGUUCAUACGUCUGGAUGACAUCCGACGUGGCUGGCACCGAUCGUCCUGCCAAUACUCUGACAUUCGAGGAUCUCUGAUUCCCGGCAAUGCAUUCGCGUCCAUCCUCACGGACUUCCCAGAAGAGAUCGAAAAGAUCAAGACCGGCAACCCAAGCAGUCUUCAAAGCUGGAUAGUAUCCACAGAGAACUUCCACGCCACAGAUCCUCGAGACAAGAUCUACGCAUUGCUAUCUCUGUCUCCGCCUGCACAGACUGCAAACAUCAUCCCAGAUUACAGCGCCUCAGUAGCAGAGGUGUAUGCAGCAGUUACUGCGCGCUGUAUCAUUCGCUACCAAGACCUAACCAUGUUGCAUUUUGACGUUGACCACAAGAGCGAUGAACACAACUUACCGUCUUGGGUUCGAGACUAUUCCUCAAGCAGCCCCUUGGCCGAUAGACAGUCGUAUAUUGGUCUAUCACCAAGCCUGUACGCCGCUAGUGGACGAGACUGUUGGGGACGAAGAAAGAUUUUCGUUGACAAUAUAUUCAGCAAUGACUUGCAACAAUUGCGCAGCCGAGGCAUAAUCGUCGAUUCUGUUGUGUAUGCUGGACGGAAUGAGAAAUUGGCUCGGUAUACAGGUGUUGAUCCACUGGAGCGUCUCGAGAAUGUCAAAGACAGAGCAGCUAGGACGCUGGCUAAUAUUAAAAUUUGGGAGGAGAAAGUUAACAAGCUGCGCGAAAGUCCCUACGAUUCGAUGCAAGAGAGGGGAACGGCGUUCUGGAGAACACUGAUGGCUAAUCGUCAGUUCGGGCAGUGGGCGCCGCUUCCUGGAGAUAUGAAGGAGAAUGUUUACUUUGAGACGUGGAUGGGUAGAUUGCCGCUCCCUAAUUCUGAGGUGGACGCCCUCCCUCCUGGCGCAGAUUUGGAUGAAGCAAAGAGGCUAUACGUGAAGCCCUUCACGGAUGCUUGUAUCACAUGGAGUCACGGCCGAACUUUCAUCAUCACUUCAAAAGGAUAUAUAGGAAUCGCGCCUUUGAAAACCGAGAUUGGGGAUAUCGUUACGGUGCUCGAAGGAGGUUCUGUGCCUUUUGUGCUGAGGGCGUUGGAUGAAGGGGGAUACAAGUUUAUUGGCGAGUCGUACGUGGAUGGGAUCAUGGAGGGUGAGGCAUUAGUGGGGAGGAAGACCGACGAUGUGCAGGUACUGGUCAUGAAGUGAGUAAGUACGCUUAAGCAAAGUCCGAUCCUUUUCAUCACCGAGACAUGCACGAGUACAGCAGCAAAUGAACCAAAAGAAAGCAAGAUGGCCA